AGAGAACACCAAACUUCAGUCGCUCACCAUCGCUACAGCAAACAACACCGAGAAAAACUAGUCUCCCCGCUGAGCUAAGUUGAAAACUCUUGAAGUCUCUUGGCAGAAAAGUCCCUUAAUUAGUCCUCAAGUUGCACCAAAAUAGUGAGAAAUUGAUUAGUGGACUUUUCUGCAGCAGGAAACGAUCCUUGUGUGGAGUUUGUUUUGUGGAAAAAAAGCGUCGCGAUUGUGAGUUUUUUUCUGCUGCCUCUUGUGUCUCGCCUGCACCUUUGGGGCUCCCGAGCGAGAAGAGAGAGAGCGAGAGAGAAGUUGGCCCAGGAAACAGGACAGUGAAAAGGACAGAUAUAGAAGGCUCUCGCCCUGAACAAAAGCAUCCGUCAGACGUCUUCUGUGAAACGUUAAAAUUCGUGGAAAAACAAGGGACAUUUCUGGGCAAAUAAUCGAUAAUGCAUCCCUCCGGAUGCUCCUCCUGAAUCCCCAAAGCGCGCCCAGUGAUUUUCCUAAGCUUUCUGCAAAAAAUAUUGUUUGGUUUUUUUCGGUUUCUGUGGUGAAAAAGUGAUUGUGAAUUAGUGAGGGGCUUUUGGUCAGGAAGAUAGCACACGGUACAGGUUUCUUGGCAAGAAGAGGAGCCCCCCUUAGAGAGGUUGUGUAAGGUGAAGGUGGAAUUUAGGUGAAUGCCUCGUGCAACAACAACUGCCAUGGAUUACAAAGAAGUUUAUGUCUUCAAUGCAGCACAAGAGGGAAAUGUUAUUACGCUGAAGAGAUAUCUGACUGGGAAGAAUCAGGCUGAAAUAGAUGCCAUUGUGUCAUCAAAGACUGGAGGUGCCACACCACUUGUGAUAGCCUGUCGCAAUGGACACUACGAAGUGGUGCAUUUUUUAUUGCAAAAGUGUCGGGUGGAUGUGGAACAAUCGGGUUGUGUGACAUUCGAUGGGGAGACAAUUGAGGGUGCUCCACCACUUUGGUGUGCAGCAGCGGCUGGCCAUGCUAAUAUUGUGAAGCUCCUGGUGAAAUAUGGGGCCAAUGUCAACAGCACCACUAGAACUAAUUCCACGCCCCUCAGGGCAGCGUGCUUCGAUGGCCACUAUGAAAUUGUCAAGUAUCUAGUCUUAUGUGGAGCUGAUAUCGAAGUGGCCAAUCGACAUGGGCAUACUUGCCUGAUGAUCGCGUGCUACAAGGGACACUUUAAGAUUGCACAGUACUUGCUUGCACUCAAAGCCAACGUCAACCGGAGGAGCGUGAAGGGGAAUACGGCGUUGCAUGAUUGUGCAGAGUCAGGAUCACUGGAGAUUCUUCAGCUUCUGCUGCAGCACGGAGCCACAAUGGAUGUAGAUUCAUACGGAAUGACACCCUUGCUGGCUGCCAGUGUGACUGGUCAUGUUCCAAUUGUGGAGCAUCUUAUCAGUUUGCCAUAUGUGAGCCGGAAAGAUAGAAUAGCAGCCUUGGAGCUGCUUGGGGCGACAUUUGUGGAUAAAAAACGCGAUACCCUGAGUGCCCUGUCCUUCUGGCGUCGAGCCAUGGAGUGUAGGUAUGAGCAGGAACCGCAAAUGCCCAAGCCACGUGAUGUUAAGCCCGUUGCGGCGUACGACUAUGCCGAAGAAGUGUCGGAUAUAGCGGCACUGGAGGAUCUUGUGAUGGAUCCGGAUGAGAUGAGGAUGCAGGCUCUGGUGAUCAGAGAGAGAAUCCUGGGGCCAGCACAUCCGGAUACAAGUUACUACAUUCGCUACCGUGGAGCUGUCUAUGCUGAUGCUGGACGCUUCGAUCGUUGCAUUGAGCUCUGGACGUAUGCCCUGACAAUGCAACAGAGUAUCCUCGAACCCCUCAGUCCCAUGACACAAUCUUCCCUCCUGUCCUUUGCGGAGCUCUUCAGCUUCAUGCUGGGCGAAGCUGGACGUCCGGUGACGAGGGGAAGGGUAGUUCCGCCGAUCAAUACAGAUGACAUGCUCCUGGUAUUUGACAAAGCAGUGAGGGAAGUUGAACUGGGGAAGAACAUGAUUUCGGGGUUGCCGGAGAAGGAGAAGGACACUGGAGCGCUCAGUCGAGCCCUUACCAGUGCCCUCCAUCUGGCGUGCCAUCUGGCCAGGUUGCUGAGUGACGAUGUUGAGUGUUCAGACAAAGAGCGGCAACAAGUCCUAAAGGCCCUCUAUGAUCUCGUUAGUCUGAAGGUGAUCAUCCGAUCGGGUAGGACGGCGCUGCAUUUGGCGUGCUAUCGCGAAGCAGCACUCGUGGGACGUUACCCAGCCUGUCAGUUCCCGUCACCGCAGCUCACGAAGGCCCUGCUGCAAGUAGGGGCCGAUCCCAAUGCCAAAGACGACGCUGGAAAUACGCCAUUGCAUCUAGCAGCUUUAGCACGACCCUGUCCGGCUAGUCUGGCCCAAACUCUCGUGGACCAUGGAGCACACUUGGACGCUAAGAAUGCCGAAGGGGCCACAUUCGAGAGUCUUCUGAGGGGUCAGCAGCUGCGUGAACUGGUGAAUCCCGUCAAGUACACGUCACUCAAGUGUCUGGCCGCACGGACAAUCCAGAAGCACGGAAUUGCGUACAGGGACGAAGUGCCUCGGGCACUCUACGAGUUCAUCGAGUGCCACUGAAGAGAGACGCGCGCGCUGGGGAGAGAGAUAACCGAGGAGGACGACGCGUGGCGGGCAGAGAAGACAGACAGCUGUGGAUGCUGCUGAUGGGAAUUCCUUUCCGGGGAAUCGGUGUUUUUUGCUGACGGAGGAAGCUCACAGAAUAGAGACAGAGAUCUCACAAAUGUUUGUGUCUUGACGAUAAUAGGAAUUUUCUUUCUGAACUCGCAGAGAUUUUUUUGGGGCUAAAAAAGCAAUGGCUCUUGGCAUUUUUCUUGGAGAUUUUGAUUUGCUCUCUGACCAAAAUAAAUAAAAAAAGGGAGAGAAAUUCGAUGACGAGAUCAGGGGAAUAAAUUAAUUCGUGUUCAUUCUCUUAGGACAAAUAUUUGAUUUAUAAAAAAAAAACAAAUACUUUUUUGUGUAAUAAUUUUUCUCUCAAAAUGGAAUGUCUUUUUUCUGAUUUUGCGCAAUGGAAUUAAGGGAAUUUUUCCGGGAUAUUUGCAGUAUUGUCUUUUCCGGGGGGAAGAAUAUCUUCGUUUUGGCAAGACUUUCCGGAAACUCCCACGAGAUUGACGAUUCAGGAAUUUUAUGAAUGAUUUUGUGAUAAAAUUCUAUGAUUUUAGGAGAGAAUGAGAGAAAAUAAAUCAGUAAACAAGACUUCAAGUAACAGAAUAAAUUGAUGCUAUUCAGACUAGGAAAUAAAAAUGUAAUUUUAGAAGAAAAA